AGGAUCAGAUACAGUGAGAGAAGGACUACAUCGCCCCACCUUGUGGAAAAUCGUAUACAUUACAUCGCUUUAUUCGUGAACUUUCGCUACUCGUCGACACAGUACUCCAUUUCUUGCAUUAUCGUGGACUCGCUUAUUGCCCAUACCCAUCGUUUAUGUCUUUGCGUUUACGUAUGUAUGAAAAUCAAAUAGGAUCACUUCUAGCGAUUUCCUGUUUCCAGAUCAUAAUAGAUCCGCUGCGAAAGGGUUGUCGAAUGAACAUUCCGAACACAUAAAAUGGAAGUAGUUCUCACGCCCGCGGCUCCCGCACCGGCCCCGGUGCGGCAAACCUGGAAGCGGAAGGAGGAUCUGCUUACCUUGUCGCCACUAUUGCACGCUACCACCACUAGCAGCGAUUCCUCCGCCUCGGAAACGGAGGACAGCCGAGCCACUUGGGUGUAUUUACGACCGAAGAGAACGAAGACCCGAGAAGCGGACACGACAAAUUCUAGCAGUAGCGGGAAUAGUAACACUAUCAUGGCGCCCGCGCCUGCCUUAUUUCUCGCAACUUCGAAAGACAGCAACUGCUAUACCUACCACUCCUACACUGACAGCGAAUCGGUGCGCGACCGGUUUCUCGCGGCGAGCAGCAAGAAUAGUGUCAAUACAGUCGGCGAAGCAGGUGGAACUUCUACAGCGAGUGAAAAUUGUGCCCAGCAGUACUCGUUCUUCCUCCAUUCCCUCCCGGAUGAGCUGAUCAGUCUAAUCCUCAGCUACAACCGACCCUGGGCCAACUACAAUUUUUUACUGAACAAGCAGGUGCUGAAGAUAAUGCAGGAGCAGAAUCCGUACGUGCGGAUCACGCCGCCCGUGCUCCCCUGCUCCGUGCACUUGGAAUGUGACGUGCUGGACACCAGCCCGUCGAGAAGUAGAAAUGGUGGGGGCAACGGGACGACGAAUAACAACAAUAAUGCACCUUCCCCGCCGCGGAAUCCAAGACUUGUGCAGAGGUGUAUCUACAACGUAUCGCAGCUGCUCUGGACGAUGCCCCUGGCGGUGCAGCGGUUCGAGUGGGUGCCGGGGAAAUAUUGCAGGGCGCGGGAGGAUUUGAUCGUGACGGGAGAUGACGAUACCUGCGCGGUUUGGAAACGCAUUCUGAAGCGUAGGAAAUAUGAUUUUUUUUGCCCAUGGUUUUUCUUUUUGUGAAUUGUUUUGAGUUCAUUUUUGGCCCGCAGUAGCGGACGAGGUUGUUGUACAGAAAUCGCACGGGAUAUCGCUUCGCGCGCAUCACAUAUUACCUGCCUGUAAGUAAUUGCAGUGUCGAAAAAAUGUUGUACUUUAUCGCCCCCAAAUCAUAAUAUCACCAGACGUGAGCGAGCGGCAGCAGGCAACGGAGAUGAGUAAGGACACGACCGUGGGAGAGCGACGGCAGGACCAAUUUCCGCACUACUGCGAGGUCACGCAAGGGGAGAACCUCUUAACCAUGCGGGCGUACAUCUCUGAUGUAGAAGCACAAGCAUUGAUCCAGCUGGCGCAGAAAAACGCCAGGCCUAGUAGUGCGGCCGGGAAUGUUGGGGUUGCAGCAGCAAACGCAAGCGGUGCAGCAGCGCCGUUGCCGUCUUCGGAAGACGUGACCGAGAUCAUUGCGACCGCUGCAGCCGCGAGGUCUAGUACUUAGUAGUCCUUUGGCGCUCUCUAUCUCCUCGAGCAGCGGAGAGGUUGACCUCCGGGGGAGAAGAAGUUGUUCGCAGUUCUGAAAGGCCCGGGCUGGUUGACAUGCGCUUGUUGUUUGAAAUUUUGCCCGUAUACUAUGUAUUCUGAUGAGUAAGUUUUUGCUAUGUAGUUACAUUUGUGGCGAAAAGUUGUGAUUUUGAAAAUUCCAAGAAUCCGUUGGUUUGUAGGCCGCUUUGCAGUUUUGAUAUUUAUUUGUAGUUUUGCUUUGACGUCGUAUCCAAUCCAUUUUGAUUUUCCCUAUAGUUGUCAGUUGCACGACCUCCGGGAGAGGACGAGGAGAUCAGGAGUCCCGUGGGCUCUGGUUCCUAGUAAACGCGCAGAUUCUCCGCGGUGAGAUGAUAAGUCGAUUAAGCACUGACUUCUAUUUGACUAUUUUCCAGAAAUCCGUCGUUGUGGUGACAUUGUUUUCCGUCCCUCUACUCUGUUUGCAGAACGGACUGGAAAAACUGUUGCCCGCCACAGCGGACAUUAUCAUUAGACUACCCUUAAUCAGACAUUUUCCGAACUGCUUUUUCUCACUGAUUCCUUUGCCAUUUUUUACCUAAUUAGGCUGAUCAGAGCUGAAAUAAUUCCAAGAAUUUUCCAACAACUACGCUGAAUUAUGUACAUUCCAAGCUUCUGAUCUUGUUACAGAACAAGAGUUGUGAUCCCGUGACGCGAUUUCUAUCAAAAAGGCCCCUUGAUGUCACAUAAAAAUGAUGAUGAUCAUCCACCCGAUGAAAU